CCGUCUGUCAAUGAUUAUUUACAGCUUAUCUUAAUUGGAGAGUCAAAAUCUAUUCAUUCUCUACAUAUUUACGCGAUAACGUACGAAAAUGUCUGACGAGGAGCCAACUGCGUUGGUCGUUGAUAACGGAUCAGGAAAUGUCAAGGCCGGUUUUGCCGGAGAUGACGCUCCCAGAUGUGUCUUUCCAAGUAUAGUAGGUAGACCCAAGAACCCAGCCUUGAUGGUUGGCAUGGACGAAAAAGACACCUACGUUGGCGAUGAAGCUCAGGCAAAGAGAGGUAUUUUGACCCUAAAGUACCCUAUCGAGCAUGGUAUUGUAACUAAUUGGGAGGAUAUGGAAAAGAUUUGGCAUCAUACGUUUUAUAAUGAGCUCAGAAUUGCCCCUGAGGAACACUCUGUGCUCUUGACUGAAGCUCCAAUGAAUCCCAAGGCCAACCGUGAAAAGAUGACAACAAUUAUGUUUGAAACCCACAAUGUACCGGCCAUGUACGUUGCAAUUCAGGCUGUAUUGUCUCUUUAUUCCUCUGGUCGUACCACUGGUAUUGUCUUGGAUUCUGGAGAUGGUGUCACCCACACUGUGCCAAUUUAUGAAGGUUAUGCCCUUCCACACGCUAUUAUGCGUUUGGAUUUGGCUGGAAGAGAUUUAACUGAAUUUAUGCAAAAGAUUUUGGUUGAGAGAGGUUUUACCUUCACAACUACCGCUGAAAAGGAAAUUGUACGUGACAUCAAGGAAAAGCUUUGCUACAUUGCACUGGAUUUCGAUGAUGAAAUGACAUCUUCUGCUUCAUCUAGUGAGAUUGAGAAGUCUUAUGAACUUCCAGAUGGUAACAUUAUUACUGUUGGCAACGAGCGUUUCAGAUGCCCAGAAGUGCUCUUCCAACCAACAUUUAUUGGAAUGGAAGCCACAGGUAUCCACACUACCACUUACAACUCUAUUGUAAAGUGUGACGUUGACAUUCGUAAGGAUUUGUACUCUAACGUUGUUUUAUCUGGAGGUACUACCAUGUUUGAGGGUAUUGGACAGAGAAUGACCAAGGAACUCAAUGCUCUCGUGCCAAGCACCAUGAAGAUCAAGGUGGUUGCUCCACCAGAGCGCAAGUACUCUGUAUGGAUUGGUGGUUCCAUUCUGUCAUCACUCUCUACAUUCCAGCAAAUGUGGAUCACAAAGGAAGAAUUUGAUGAAUCCGGUCCAAACAUUGUUCAUAGAAAGUGCUUUUAA